CACGUGCCUGGAGCAGUCGGAAUUCCUCCAUUGCUUUGCGGCAAGUUAGUGUUGCUUGUGCGCUACGAGAAGAAGACUCUGCUCUCAUCCUCAUCGCCUAUACAAUCUCCUGAUUAGGGUUUUAACUUCCAUACCAAAAUACCAAACACACAAUUCCACACUGCCUCCCGAUCAAUUUAAUGGCGGUGCCGCUGGGGAAUACGGUGAUACCCAUAGUGAACAAACUGCACGAUAUAUUCGCGCAGUUAGGAAGCCAGUAUAGUAUCGACUUGCCGCAGGUGGCGGUUGUCGGCAGCCAGAGCAGCGGCAAAUCGAGUGUGUUGGAGGCUCUCGUAGGCCGUGAUUUUCUACCACGUGGAAGUGAUAUCUGCACCCGCUGCCCGCUCUUGCUGCAGCUCAUCCGGAGAUCCAGCAAGGCCGAUGAACCGGAGGCAGAAUGGGGGGAGUUCUUGCAUUUGAAGGACAAGAAGUUCUUUAAUUUUAGUGGAAUUCGGAGGGAGAUUCAGGCUGAAACAGAGAGAGAAGCAGGAGGAAACAAAGGUGUCUCAGAUAAACCAAUAAGUUUAAAGAUUUAUUCUCCAAAUGUUCUUGACAUUACUCUUGUGGAUCUACCUGGUCUCACCAAAGUUCCUGUUGGCGAUCAGCCAUCCGACAUUGAAACACGCAUUAGAAAUAUGAUAACGGCAUUCAUUAAACGGGAAAGUUGCUUGAUCCUGGCUGUUACGCCAGCAAAUGCCGAUCUAGCUAACUCAGAUGCUCUUCAGAUGGCACAAUGUGUUGAUCCUGAUGGUCACAGGACAAUUGGUGUUAUUACAAAGUUGGAUAUCAUGGAUAGAGGUACUGAUGCAUGCAACUUUUUGCUUGGGAAAGUGGUUCCUCUUCAGCUUGGUUAUGUAGGUGUUGUAAAUCGCAGUCAAGAGGAUAUUCAACUUAACCUAAGCAUCAAAGACGCACUUGUUGCAGAAGAGAAGUUCUUUUGCACUCACACAGAGUAUAGUGAUAUUACAGACCAUUGUGGAGUUCCACAGUUGGCCAAGAAGUUGAAUCAGAUUUUGGUACAACAUAUUAAAACUGUUCUUCCGGGUUUGAAGUCACGGAUUAGUGCUGCUCUGGUCUCUGUGGCCAAGGAGUUUGCUAGCUAUGGAGAAGUUUCUGAGUCAAAGGCUGGCAAAGGUGCACUAAUACUUAACGUUCUUUCCAAAUAUUCGGAAGCAUUCUCUUCAAUGAUUGAAGGAAGGAAUGAAGAAAUAUCAACAUCUGAGCUUUCUGGAGGAGCAAGAAUACAAUACAUAUUCCAAAAUAUUUUUGUGAAGUGCUUGGAGGAUAUAGAUCCUUGUGAGGAUUUAACUAAUGACGACGUACGCACGGCCAUUCAAAAUGCAACUGGUACCAGAUCUGCACUCUUUGUGCCAGAAGUUCCUUUUGAAGUUCUUGUUAGGAGGCAAAUUGCACGGUUGUUGGAUCCAAGUCUCCAGUGCACCAGAUUUGUCUAUGAUGAGCUAAUCAAGAUGAGCUAUCGUUGUAUGGUAAAUGAGCUCCAAAAGUUUCCGGUUCUGCGAAAAUGCAUUGAUGAUGUCACUAGAGAUUUUCUGCAAGAAAGUCGUCGGCCUACCGAGGCAAUGGUAGAAAGUCAUAUUGAAACACAGAUGGAUUUCAUAAACACUUCGAACUCAGAUUUUAUUGGUGGAAGAAAAGCUAUAGAGGUUGCAUCAGAGCAAGUCAAGUCCCGUAUUGUAUGGCCCAUUGCAAAGCACAAGGAUACAGGAGACUCAGAAAAAUUAUCUUUCCGGGAAAGAAAUUUCACAUCUCGGGCCAUACUUGCUAAAGCGAAUGGAACUGUUCCUGAUCAAGGUGUUCGACCUGCCGCUGAUGUCGAGAAAACUGCUGAGUCUGCGAAUUUUGUCCAUGAAUCUAUGCAUAUGUCACCAUUGAAAUGGGAUCGUUUCAAUGCUCGGAGAAUUGGGGAUAUCGCUAUUGCUACCAAGUACAAAUCAAAGGUGGAGUCAUUAACAAAACAUUUAAAAAGAGUAAGCAAUGCUGGUUCGGGUUGGGGAAUACCUUCGAUAUUUGGAGGACGUGACAAUCAUACAUCACCUAAAGAGAGCUCAACCAGCAAACCAAUUAAUGAACCUGUUCAUAGCAUGGAACAGAGAGUAUCAAUGAUCCAUUUGAGAGAGCCCCCUAGUGUGUUGAGGUCGUCAGAAUUUGACUCAGACGAAAAGGCCGUUGAGAUUACUGCUAUGAAGUUGUUACUGAGGUCUUAUUAUGAUAUUGUGCGGAAGAGCAUUCAGGAUUACGUACCAAAAGCCAUUAUGCAUUUUCUGGUCAACCACACAAAGCGAGAGCUUCAUAAUGAACUCAUAAAAAGAUUGUACAGAGACAACUUGCUUGAAGAAUUGUUGCGCGAGCCAAAUGAGGUUGCCAUGAAGAGGAAGCGCACCCAUGAUACACUGAAGGUCCUUGAGCAAGCUUUCCGGACAAUUGAUGAGCUGCCGCUUGAAGUUGAGGCUGCUGAGAGAGGCUACUCCUCGACCUCGGGUAGUGAUUGUGAUCCAACUGGCCUGCCAAGAAUCAACGGUCUCUUAAGAUCAUCAUUGUUCAGCAACAGUUCAACGGAAUCAUAUAGCCCUUCUUCCAAAACCUCAAGAUCACGCAAGUCUGGCGAGUCUCACUCACCAUUAUACUCUGAUACUCAUUAUGGUGGUUGACAUGGUUCUGGCGCCGGCCUAUAUCCAGCCAUUGAUAUAUAAUUUUUUCAGUAAUGCUUUAGGACAUAUUCUAUCAUGAGGCGCAUGGGAAUCCAUAUUUUUGCAGAUCAAGUCGUGUAGGAUAGGAUAUAGUUUGAUUCCCUUGGUAUAGAGAUGGGUUUCUUAUAAGAGAGGCAGACAAAUAGUGAAAGCUGAAGUUUUAUUUGAUAUAGUAGAAGAUAUUGUUUGCAGAUUUUUCUA